AUGGACGCGCGUAUGCUGGAAUUUGUGGCCGAAAAAGCGAAGAGAAACGGCGAACGCAUUCCGACGGAACAGCUCUGGAACGAGUUCAAACAGGCCACUGGAGCCCUGGAGAGCGCCGAAAUGCUCAAUCAUCGGUGUGUCGAGAAAAUUUUAAAAGCUUGAAUUGAAAAAUUGACAAAACUGCUGAAUUUUAGCGGAAAACGUGAGCCCUGGCAAUUUAGUGAAAAAAAUCCGUUAAAUUUCGUUCAAUAUUCGUAAAAUUCGAUCAAGAAUGACUAAAAUCACUGAUUUUUUGCAGAUUCCAAACGGAAUUGGCGCCUCGUCUCCAUCUCCUCGAGCACAUUGACGAGUCGACACGAACGGCGAUGCUCCGCGUUGCUGGCUCUCCGAGCGCCGAGCACGAGUAGGCUCCGUCCACGUUGUCAAGCCAUUUUCAAAAUAAUUUCUCUUUCAGAACGCACAAUCCGCGCAAGAGUCGCCCGUUCCCGACGGAUCAUGAAAGUGAAGCGAAAAAGGCGCGUUUCGAAGGCGGCCACGAGAAAGAUGUGGAAGAAGUGAUGAUGGUUUGUGAGGAGCAGGAGAAGCCGAAAAAAGUGCACUUCGCGACGGAGCCGCUCGAGAAAAAGGAGGCGGAGCCGAAAGACGAAGACGUGCCGAUUCGCUAUCCGAUUCUGCGCGCCGACAUUGAAAUGUUCGAGACGCAUCCGAUGUACAGUACCGGAUACACCGGCAACUGGUGGUUCUGA